AUGGGCUGGUGGCGGCGCACGGUGAGUGAGAGAGAGAGAGAGAGAGAGAGCCGCAAGAGAGAGAGAGAGACGCAGAAAGAGAGAGAGACGGCGGACGGCGGCGAUGCACGGCGACGACCCGGGGAGAACAGCGACGGCGGCGGCGCUCCGGUCAGUUUGUCCUCAGUUCAGUUCCAGGUGCGAGUUUUGACUCUUCGGUUCGAGUUUCGUCGGACUCAGGUUCCUGUCGGGUCAGUCGGUUCACUUGCAGUCAGCCGGUUCACUCGCAUUCAGCCGGUUCAUUUCGGAUCAGUUCAAGCUUGGCGAGGUCAGGUUCAAAUUUCUUGUUUGAUUUUGUUGCCGAUCGUUCAGUUUUCGUGUCUCGAUUCAACCCGCUUGUUUUGGUAUUUCAGCUCGGUUCCGGCAGUCCGGGUCUCGGGUUUGGGUUGUUUGGCUCCGACUCCAGCUCGGGUCUCGCAACACAGUCGGCUCAGGUCACGACUCGGGUUUGGGUUCCGUCACGGUACGGGUCAGAUUCAGUGUGCGAGUCAACGUCGAGUUUUGGUUCAAACUUCGACCCGGGAUUCACGUCAGAGAUUAACUCAUCAGGUGACUUCGGUGUUCCGUCCUCCAAUCUCAUCAACUCGUCAUACUUGGAUAAUCGGAAGACUUAGCAAUUUUGUUGACAGUCAAGAUGUUGAAGAAUCAAGUUAGGAUGGACUAGAUACCCAUUUUAAUAAUAAACCAUGUUUGUUGCAAUUUGUCUUUAUUUGAAUCAAUGUAUUUGAAUUUAGUCAUUUAUGAAAUUUGAUUUAAUC